GUUUGACGGUAGGCCUAUUGUGUUCUAAAAUUCAGAGCUUGUUUGUUUGGAUUAAUACAGAGGACCCCAUAAUGGCACAAUGUAACACCUCCCAGUGCGCUUCUAUUAGUAACACAAUCAUUAGCACCGUCGACAGUAACGUCACUGACGAAUGCUAUGACAACGGAACAAUCAUCACUGUCUCUUGUAAUCGAGGUUUUCAAAAUCUGGUCGACAAGUAUGACACCAUAUGCAAUGGCACGACUGGAAAAUUUGAACCGGAGGGAACAUGCAAAAUAGACCUACUCACUCUUCUUGUGGCCAUUAGCAUGGCUUAUCUGGUGACAACGGUGGCUCUUCUUCUCACAUGCAGCAUCAUUCGCAAAUGGAAAAGUCGAAAAAACAGAUUUGACGUGCCUCUUCAAGACGUAAACCUGAUCUCGACAAUUACUGCAGCGAGCAACGCAGGCAACCCAACUGAGAAUUCACAACUACCACCAGAACCGGAAGCAAGACUACUCACAUACAACUGUGGGCGCCUAAAUGAGAAUGGCCAACUGAGACUGGAACCGCUGCCUCUCUCCGAGGAAUAUUUGUACACGCAUUCUAUACAGGAACCGGCCUGCAAGACACAUUUCGAAAUUAUGAUGAGCGAACCUACAAGAGAUCAUUUGUCGGACAGGUCAACGUCGUCGCCAAAUGAGCAGCAUCUCUAUGAAACAAUACAGACAUCUGAUCAGGAGUGUAGGCGUAGCAACCUCGUCAGUGCAUACGAGUUAUUCAUGUCGUUAUGCUGAAUUUGCUCAUUAUUACUAAGGCCAAACUAUAAAGAUAUGCUAUACGAUUUUUUAGGUGGGUUGAAAGGUACAUGUACUUUUGUUGCAAGCUGUGGUAAGAUGUGAUUGUUAGGUUGUUUUGUUUGUGUUACCGAGUGGUUAAAUGUUGAGAGGGGUGGUGGAUAACCCAAAAAAUUAAGGAAACAAGGAUGCAGAGUAAAGAAAUACAAAAAACACCAAUUUACGAAAACAGACUGCUGACUUAAUAGAAAUUGAAAACUAGAACAAUUACAUGUACAUUCGGUUAUUAAUUCAAAUUAAUCCAAGUUACCUUCACCCCCUUUAAUGUUGGUGCAGUCAAAGGACGGUCAAAUUCAAUUUGGCCCAACCUGGCAUAUAUUUUUGCUGGCUGGUCACCACGCACAAACUAUCUAACCCUGACUACCUGACUGGCCAAAAUUUAUCAAACAGACAGCAGGCCAGUGGUAAAGCACCACAAAAACCAUACAAAUGGGUAUUAAACACUGAAGGUUUAGACCAGAGACUUGACAGGCAAAAAUGACGGCUCAAAAUAUUGUACCAGAUGGCAUUUGCAUAGGAGGGUUAAGCCAAAAAAACCGUAAGAAACCCCCAAAACACCCACACAAAUAAACGCCAGUCAAUAUGAUGAUGAACCAUUUGUAAAUUAAGAUGAAAAUACAUUUGUAUAAGUGACCAAGCAUUAUAUAUAUUAGAAGUACAUGUACAGUUAUAUGCAUAUAUUGGAUUCAUUUACAUUUUAUGGCAUAAAAUAUGCGGCCCUGCCACAGCCUACGUUUUGAAUUUAUGGUUUACAUUCCUUAUUUUUUUAUCAACAUGCGUUAAUCAAUUUAAUAAGGAAUUAAAUAUUUCACAACCACCAGUAAUAUUGUUGGGAAUACGAACAACCAAAAGUAACUUACUCAAGAUGUUAUAGAAGGGCUAGAUGUACUGUACAUCAAAUACAAGGUGGUGUAGGAUGACCUACACACGUAGAGGUACGAUAGUGCUAAGUCCACAGGAGGACUAGGUCGGUCACUGUAAAUCAGAAUUAAACAUUUGAUAUAAUACUGAAACAAAUCAUUAGAAGUUAAGGAUGUUGACAAAAUAUGAUCAAAUACUCGUUUUUAUUGAGGUGUACAAUGUUCAAAAAUGUUAAUAUCUCUGAAUAUGCAAAGGUGCUCGUAAGAAAUUACCCCCAGCAAAUUAGAGUUCAACAGGAUAUAGUUCUAUAAUGUGCUUACAAAAGUGCAAAAUGCAGAUUUAAAUGUGUACAAUCUAUAAUCGAACAAUUAUUAAAGGAAAAUUAGAAAGUGCUUACUCA